AUGGGGAGAGGGAAGAUUGCAAUUCAAAGGAUCGAUAAUUCAUCGAGCAGGCAAGUGACUUUCUCGAAGAGGAGAAAGGGAUUAAUCAAAAAGGCGAAGGAGCUAGCAAUUCUGUGUGAUGCUGAAGUUGGACUUGCAAUUUUCUCCAGCACUGCAAAGCUAUAUGAAUUUGCAAGCACCAGCAUGAAUUCGGUACUUGAAAGAUAUAACAAAUCAAAGGGGGAAUAUCAGCAACCGCAAAAUCCAGCAUCAGAAGUCAAGUUUUGGCAGAGGGAGGCAGCAAUCUUAAGGCAACAACUAGAGGACUUGCGAGAAAACCACCGGUAUAUGAUGGGAGAACAGCUUUUUGGUCUGGGUGUCAAAGACCUACAAAAUCUGGAGAAUAAACUAGAAAUGAGUCUGCAGGGCAUACGAAUGAAGAAGGAACAAAUCUUAACUGAUGAAAUACAAGAGCUAAGCCGAAGGGGCAAUCUUAUCCAUCAGGAGAAUAUAGAACUGUACAAGAAGGCUUGCAGCACAAGGCAUGUGAAUGCAGAAAGCAUAAGUCCCUUCAUUCCAUUUGGAACUAACUUCGGAGAGGACUUGCAUGUCCCUAUCCAUCUUCAGCUAAGCCAGCCAGACCGACAACUUUAUGAGACACCGGCAAGAGAAACAGACUAAAACAGAGUACAACUACGUCAAAGAAAUGCACCAAGGACUUUGAACAGAUGUUAUUCAACACACUCUAAACAAAUAACCAAGCACAGGGGAACAUGCUUCUUGGUGUCAGAUGAUCGACAUAAAAUCCAAUCAGCACAGUCACCAGUAUGACAUUGCUUAUGAAAUUAACUACAAAU